GAUGUAAUCUCAAAAUAAUCAAUAUCUCUAAUUUGUUGGAAAACCACAUAUUACUGCAGUUAUAGCAGGUGGUAGGAGAAGAGUAAAUUAUACAUUCGAAGAUAAAAGUGAACUUGUUGAGGAAUAUGAUAUCAAUAAUCAUGAAUUAAUUAGUAUAUUUUGAAUAAUAAGUAAAUAACAGCUAGAAAAUGGAAAAAGGUAUCCAAUAUUAAAGAAUCUUAAUGGAUUUAUGAAGUUGGAGAAGCACCAAUUGAUCAAUAAAGUGAAUUGAAAUUAUCUAAUACUAAUGUAAUCAUUUAUUUAAUAUAUAAUAGCCUAUAUUUGUAAGAAAGGAUACUCCAUAACACUUUCAAUAUAGAGUUCGUAAUCUAAGUUAUCCAGAAGAUGUAUAUCAAUUGGAAGUGGAUGAAAAUACUCAAGAGAUUGUUAUUAGAACAUCAAAUAAAAAAUAUUAUAAAAGAUUUGCUAUUCCUGAUAUGAGGAGAGCAAAUCUAAAACUUGAAUAGGGAAAGGUUACUCAUGUUUAUAAGAAUAAUACUUUGAUUGUGUCUGUAAAUAAAUAAAUAUUAAAUAUAUUAAUUAGUAUCCAAAACCAGAUUAAAUAUUAGAGAGAGAGUAUUAGAUUAGAUAGGAAUUUGAUAAAUUAAAUAAAAAGAAACCUAAGGAAGGUGAUUUAGAGUGUGUAUAACAAUGA